AUUUCAGAAGGUGGGAGGUCAACAGGUGUCAUUCUUAUUCCACUGUUUGCCUUUAUAUCAAAUGACGCUGUUCCCUGUGAGGAUUACAUCAUGGGAGUGAUUAUGGUUUUCCUGCUUCUCAUUGCUGCAUUUUCUCUGGGAGAUGCGAGUAAGCCACUCGGAUGUAGUCGCAUAUGGCACCACUUUGGAUCCCGCUGCUUCCGUUUUGAAGAGACUCUGAGGUCAUGGACUGAGGCAGAGCGUCACUGUCAGUCUCUUGGUGGACACCUGGCCUCAGUACACAGCUGGAAGGAGUCUAGGUUCCUGGAGACGUUGACUGUAGGUUCACCUUUGACCUGGAUUGGAGGAAAUGAUGGUGGUCGGCCAGAGUUGAGAAAGGACAGGCGCUGGUCCUGGACUGAUGGAUCUGGAUUUAAUUACCAUGAAUGGGCACAAGGGGAACCCAACAACUAUAAUGGUGUCAGAGAGCCGUGUAUUCAGAUGAACUUUGGAGGACUCCCUCACCAUGGCAGGGUUGAUUAUUUUCUUGCUGCUCAGUGCUGCAUUUUCUCUGGGAGAUCCACAUUGGCGGCCACACAGGUGCCCUGGGAAUGGCACCAGUUUGGUUCCCAUUGUGUCAUUUUCGAUGAGACUCCAAGAUCUUGGGCGGAUGCGGAGUUCCACUGUCAGUCUCUUGGUGGACACCUGGCCUCAGUACACAGCUGGCUGGAGUCUAUAUUUCUGGAGGCGUUGACUUUUAAUUUACCUUUGACCUGGAUUGGAGGAACGGAUGGUGGUCAGCCAGAGAUGAGCCACACUGGUUACAAGAGCUGGUCCUGGACUGAUGGCUCUGGAUUUAAUUACCAACAGUGGGCAGAAGGAAUGCCUAACACCUCUAUUGGUGGAGAGUCUUGUAUUCAGAUGAAUUUUGGAGAUAAACAUCGCUGGAACAAUGAAGUCUGUGAAAAGCCCUUUGCUUCGGUCUGCUCACAAAGCAAUUGAAAUCAAUUAUUGCUGUCAUGUUUACCUAUUGAUUGCUGUGGUUGUCAA